AUGUCUUUAGAUACUCCCAUUGCCCAACUAUUGGCAAAGUACACUGCCAGCUUGCCGCCUUGCUGUUUGAGAGUCCAUCCGGAGCACAAGGAUAUCAUUUUUCUUGGGACGUACGAUCUCCAGAAGGAGUCUGGCCAGAGGUUAGGGUCGGUCGAGGUUUUGCGGUACGACGUGGAACGGGGGAAUAUCACGCUUCUUAACUCUAUUCCUACCCCUAGUGCGAUUCUUGACCUCAAGUUCAAUCCCUUCAACAGCAGCCAGUUUGUGACCGUGCACUCCACGGGGAACAUGACGGUGUGGUCCACCAGCGACGAGUUGGUUAUUUCGCAGCUCCACAACGCCGAACUAUUCGACGAUACUAACCUCAUCACUUCCGUUUUUUUCUCACCAAUCUUAGAAAACCAACUCUGUGUGACGCUCACAGGCGGGCCCGCGGGUGUGGUGGUAGAGAUGCAAGCUUUUUCCACCACCCACGAUAUGGAGAGCUGGACCUGUGCCUUUGGAGGCUUCCAGGGGUUGGAGAAUGUGGUCUUCUCUGGGGGAGACGACUCCAAGUUGAUUGCUCACGAUAUCAGAACCGCCGAAUACGGCACUCCUAUCUUCCAAUCUCGGAGAAUCCACGAUGUGGGGAUCGUGGCGAUUUUGCCCGCUACCCCGGGAACUAACGGCAGGGAUUCCUGGAGGGUUGCCAAUCCUUACUCCCUCUGGACCGGCUCUUAUGACGAUAAUGUCAAGGCUCUUGAUUUGCGCGUACUUCCUCCGCAGGAGUUGAUUCCGUCCAUUCCGCCGUUGGUGAAACAGGCGAAUAACUUGGGUGGCGGGGUAUGGCGUUUAAUCCCGUCGCCACUCCAAGAUGACGACAGAGUGUUGACGUGUUGCAUGUAUGAUGGAGCCAGGAUCUUAGAGCCGGGCCGGGGGUUGGCGCCGUCGCGGUAUUUUAAGGGCACCCACGAGAGCAUGUGUUACGGCGGUGACUGGUCUCCAGAUGCGGAUUAUGUUGUGACCUGUUCGUUUUAUGAUAAUGUCGUGCAAGUGUGGAGUCCGAGCUCUGUCGAGUAG